AUGGAGGAGAGACAGAAGGUGAGAUCAUUCACGGAAAAAAGGAAAAAUCCCCAACAUUCCAGUAGUAGACGUGUAGUGAAGACGUCACGCCUUAAAAAACCAAAAAGGCCGUCAAAGUACAUCAUAAAGCCGAAAUUAGGAGAGCCUGGUGGAAAGGACGAUCCCUUCAGGAAAGGUUUGAGCGGGGCCAUGACGAAAUGGUACCUGAGGAGUAUAGCUGAUGGGAAAACCCCCGAAGAAGCUAGGAGGAUGGUGGAGAAAAGGAAGGCCACCCUAGCAAGAAGGAUGGAGUCGAAAACGCAUUCUUUCAAAAGGGGAAAUUCGCCAGACUCUGAAGAAAUUAAACGAGACAAAAGGUUUAAAAUAUCUCACAAUCAGACAUCUAUCGAUGUAAAUAACCAUUCCAAACCAAGCACCAGUAUUGCUGGGCUUGUUAACAUAAUAAAAGUAGCGAUAUUGCCAGAGGAUUAUCCAAGGGUUACAAUUUCAUCACAAGAGGUGCUACAUCUAGAGGAUAUCCUAGUAGAAGAAAUCGCCAAAGGGUGGAAGGACAAGCUUCAGUUUGAAGGUAUACUCUUCAAAUCAGGAAUGCUAAUAAUAGACUGUCAGGAUGAAAAGGCAGUCGAAUGGCUAGAGAAAACAGUCCCACGACUCAGGGUAAGUGUUGAUAAAAAAUUAAUAGUGAGCAUUGGGAAUUGUAUACCAAAACCUCACUCUGUUAUAAUUUUCUUCCCGAGGUCAAUGUCAGGAGAAGAAGGAAAAGUAUUAGCACUUAUAAAGUCCCAGAACGAAGGGGUGUUUACUGAGAAAUGGAAAAUCCACUCCGUCAGAACAGAAGGGCAUGGAGUCGUCAUGUACCUUGACAUAGAUGAUGCUUCAGCACUGGCAAUUGAAAGAAGUGGACACAUACUUAAUUAUCGUUUUGGCAAAAUAUCCGUGAACUGCUUAAAUAGAUACAGUCCUUGUGACGAAACGAGAGACAACCCUCAUCAUUUCCAUCCACCGCCCUCCACUUCGCAUCUACCAGAGAAAACCUAUUGGGUGAGGCAACCUCUACCAUGGUAUCCGACUCGAAGCCAUGACUCAGAUUGA